UCCCUUCUGCUUUUGUCACAGAGCCACUUCUGUUGGGCGACUGAACUUGGAUCUUGAUAUAGAGUCAUGGCCAUGGCAACCAAAGGAGGUACCAUCAAAGCUUCUUCAGGAUUCAACGCUGCUGAAGAUGCCCAGAGCCUGAGGAAGGCCAUGAAAGGGCUCGGCACCGAUGAAGACGCCAUUAUUAGAGUCCUCGCCUACCGCAACACUGCCCAGCGCCAGGAGAUCAGGACGGCCUACAAGACCACCAUUGGCAGGGACCUGAUAGACGACUUGAAGUCAGAACUGAGUGGCAACUUCGAGCAGGUGAUCCUGGGGAUGAUGACGCCCACUGUGCUGUACGAUGUGCAGGAGCUGCGAAGGGCCAUGAAGGGAGCGGGCACAGAUGAGGGCUGCCUGAUUGAGAUCCUGGCCUCCCGGACCCCCGAGGAGAUCCGGCGCAUAAAUCAGACCUACCAGCAGCAAUACGGACGGAGCCUUGAAGAUGACAUUUGUUCUGACACGUCAUUCAUGUUCCAGCGAGUGCUGGUGUCCCUGUCAGCUGGUGGCAGAGAUGAAGGAAAUUAUCUGGAUGAUGCUCUCAUGAGACAGGAUGCCCAGGACCUGUAUGAGGCUGGAGAAAAGAAAUGGGGGACAGAUGAGGUGAAAUUUCUAUCUGUUCUCUGUUCUCGGAACCGAAAUCAUCUGUUACAUGUGUUUGAUGAAUACAAAAGGAUAUCACAGAAGGACAUUGAACAGAGUAUUAAAUCAGAAACAUCUGGUAGCUUUGAAGAUGCUCUGCUGGCUAUAGUAAAGUGCAUGAGGAACAAACCUGCAUAUUUUGCUGAAAGGCUUUAUAAAUCUAUGAAGGGCUUGGGCACAGAUGAUAACACCCUCAUCAGAGUGAUGGUUUCUCGAGCAGAGAUUGACAUGCUAGACAUCCGGGCAAACUUUAAGAGGCUCUAUGGAAAGUCUCUGUACUCUUUCAUCAAGGGCGACACAUCCGGAGACUACAGGAAGGUGCUGCUCGUUCUCUGUGGAGGAGAUGACUAAACUAAAAUCCCAGAAGGACGGGAGGAUUCUCAAUACUUUGAAUUUGUUUUUAACUUCAUUUUUCCCCACUCUAUUAGAAUUAUCUCAGAAUGCUUAUUUCCAAUUAAAACGCCUACAGUUGCCUCCUAGGAUAUAGACAGUCUGUAUUAUUAUUCAUGUAUAAUUAGUUAUUAUGAUGCUUUAAAGUUGUACUUGCAUUUCAAAAUUUAUAAAACCUAAAUGGAGAUUUAAAAUUAGAAAUAAAAACGUGCUCCAUGUUUUUAA